GGCCGGCGGCCGGCAUCUUCGCCCCCUCGGCAACAACAAAAAAACCAGAGUCAAAAAAGUCACUGCGGCGGCAACGGCGCCUCCCUGAUAGUCACUUGUUCGAAAAUCCUUCCGAAUAGUCCCUCACUCCGUGAACAUACUUGAUUGCUCCUCGCGUUCUCGUCACCUCGCGCACAACACUCGCGAACAAAAACAAGAAUGGACCCGUCCAGCAACGCCAUCAGCGCCAGGCCCUUCGACUGCAGUCGCAUCGUCGCACCAUCCGAUCAUCAAGAGUCAAAACUGUUCGAAUACGUUAUCGUGUCGAACGAAGCACAGAACUCCAAGGUCGAUCAAGCGGACUCGGCGAUCGCCUCCGACGAAGCGCGAAACCCCGUCGACUGUAGCGUCAGCGAAACUUCCACGGAGCUCACCUCCGAGUUCAACGAAGCGACAUCGCGAGCCGACUCCAGUGGCGACAACUUCAAUAGCAUCGCCGAGGUAAACAACGCGUUCUUCGACGACAGCUGUAACGCGAUCCCGUCGCUGCGCUUCCCGCAAAAGCUCUGGCGUAUCGUGAACGAGUGCCGCAGCGGAGCCAUCGGAUGGGGUCCCGACGGCCUCAGCGUCCUCGUCGACUACGACAGCUUCCAGCGGGAGUAUCUCAACGGCUCGGACUCCGGCAUCUUCAAGACCAGCAACAUGGCCAGCUUCAUCCGCCAGCUGAACCUCUACGGCUUCCGGAAACUCACUUCGCACAACCGCGACAUGUUCGGCGCCAAGACUGUGUGCGUCAGGGGAGGAGGCCUCGAGCAAAAGGUCCACGAGUUUCUGCACGAGAACUUCAGGCAGGGCAGGUUGGACUUGCUGUCGAGAGUGUGCAGGAAGACUGGCGUCAAGAAGAACAGUCAGCUAGCGAGACAAGCCAAGUUGCUGAAGGAGGCGCGGAUGAUGAAGAUUGAGGCGCAUGAGACGCGAGGAACGGGAAUGACUAGACUUCAGAGGUGUCAGCUCGCUCUCACUGAAGCUUUGGCACAAGCAACCAGACAGUACCAUAUGGAAAAAAAAUUGUGGCUGAAUUUAACUCAUAAUAACACAUCUGAUAAAGAUCCGCUAGAUAUAAACUGUAAAAGACAAUCAGCUGAGCCACUAAAGAUUGAAAUUCUUUUUCAAGAUCUGUCCCAACUUCAAAAUGUAGAAUCAAUGCCAAUAAUUGAUGCUGCUGGAUUAGAAAAUGUUAUUGACAAUCAAGAGAGGAUUCAGUGGAGCGAAUUUUACACUUUGCCAGGGGAGAACGGUGUCACGAUUUCAGUACCAUAUUUGUGAUAUUUUCAAUACGUUGUUGUGAAAUCACAUUUAUUCGCAAUCUAGAUCAAUUAUAAAUAAUACGUUUAAUUGUAAUUUUAAAGAUUCUACUUCGAAUUGUAGAUUUUGUUAUUGUAUAAAGCAAUUAAUCUAUAACUGUUAUGUUAAUUUAAAAACAAGUUUAUUCUUUCUAUCAAUUGUUAAAAAGCUGUGUAUUAUAAAUAAAACAAUAUUUUCAAAAUAAA